CAUUCUGGGGUCUGAUGGUGGGGCUGGUGGUCGGUGUGUGUCGGAUGGUUCUAGAAUUUGCAUUCCCGCCUCCUCGCUGUGGUAUCCAAGACGACGCCCCGUCAGUGCUGCGCUCCGUUCACUACCUUCACUUCGCCAUCAUCCUCUGCUUCCUGUCUGCUGCCGUUGUCAUAGUGAUAUCACUGCUGACUCCGCCCCCCACUGAAGAGCAGGUGCGUAACCUGACGUGGUGGACUUUGACUCAGGAGGAAGAGGGAGAAAUACCACUCCAGAAAGUCUCCUCUAUUAGCCACCGAGAGCAGAGACCCCAGGUCCACGGUUCUGCUCCGGUGCGGAGGGCGGUCUGCGGCCGCGGGGCGGGGCUCUGCAGCUCAGCGGAGGGGCCAGCAGAGGAGGUUCCGUUACCCAGAAUCCCCAGCGUUAGAGAGAGUGUGUUUUGGUCUCGCUUCUGCUGCGUCAAUGCCAUUCUGCUGAUCUGUGUUAAUAUAUUCCUCUACGCUUACUUCGCCUGACCUCUGACCUCUAACUGCUGUCCCAGUAGGAUACUUCCUGUGGGUGUUUUCAUCUCUACGUAAAUCAAUGUUCUUAUGGUUCUAGAAGAUGUAUCGUUCUAGAA